AUGUCCGAUCCUAAAACCAAAACCGCCUCAGUUAAGCCCAAGCUAGUUGACGCGGCUUGUCAUGUAGAACCAGAAUCUGCUCCUUUUGCCGAUGGAGCUCCAAAGAAAGGAACAGGCUCAGCAAAGCAUGAGGUACCUGUGAACCCAACUAAGCAAAAAGUACAUGUUGACCCAAUCAGGAAAGAUAAACCUGUUGACCAAACUAAACCAGAAGAACUGGUUGACCCAAUCAAUCCAGAUGAGUCUGUUGAACAGACUGAACCAGAAGAACUGGUUGACCCAAUCAAACCAGAGGAACCUGUUGACCAAACUAAACCAGACGAACUGGUUGACCCAAUCAAUUCAGAUGAAUCUAUUGAACAGACUGAACCAGAAGAACUAGUUGACCCAACCAAGACAGAUGAAACUGUUGAACAGACUAAGCCAGAAGAAAUUAUUGACCCAAUCAAUCCAGAUGAAUCUGUUGAACAGACUGAACCAGAAGAAAUUAUUGACCCAAUCAAUCCAGAUGAAUCUGUUGAACAGACUGAACCAGAGGAACCUGUUGACCAAACUAAACCAGAGGAACCUGUUGAUCCAAUCAAUCCAGAUGAAUCUGUUGAACAGAAUGAACCAGAGAAACUUGUUGGCCCAAACGAUUCAGAUGAAUGCGAUGACCAAACCGAACCAGAUGAGCUUGCUGACCCAAUCAAUACAACUGAACCUGCGAACUCAGCUAAUCUAGGCGAGCCUACAGACACUGUACCAAGACUAGAAGAUAAAUGGACUCAAGUGUCCCUAUCUGAUGUCUCCAGCACCUCAUCCACUGCUUGUAUGAAAACUUCCAAAAGGCGACAGAGUGAUAGCAAAAUUAAGGAUGGCUGGAAGAAAUUCGAUAGAGGCAUCCGCUCGUUUUUCUGUUGCGACCCCUCAUCGACUGAUAAUCGAAGAUUUUGUUAA